ACGAGCGUUUUGCUAUUACAAUCUUCAACAGUACGACACAUUGGUUUGACUACUGACAAUCAAGAUGAAAUCUCUUAUUGUUGCAGUGACUGUAGUGAUCAGCAUUUUAUUUCCAGCUGAUGCGUUUCAUUCCAAUUCUUUUGAUGGUUGCAAGCAAUACGGCCAUGUGGGGAAUUAUAAUGAUCCACUGACGUACAUUCCGAUGACUGAUCUGCGGAACUUGGGAUUUACAAACAAAUCCAUCUUCUUUAAGAUAGCCGUUCAAGGAAGGUACGAUGGAAUCCUACGCUUCGGUGAUUCUUUGUAUCCGUACACCAAAGAGGUGAUAGAGAUCGUAUUUGGAGGAUGGACUAACACGAAGAGCGCUGGAAGACGACAGCAUCGAACUGCAUCAAACCAAGCUACAAACACCGUGCUUGCCGAGGUACAGACUCCUAUGCUAUUGUCCGCCGACCGACCAACUGUGUUUCUGGUGGAGCUGUUCCACGAUGGUACGAUUCAGGUUAGGAUCGAUGGACAGGAUCACCCUUUCCUAUUAUUCAACGAUACAAAGAUGAUUCCUUUCUACUACAUAGCCUUUACAAAGUGGAAAAACGAUGUGUUAUACUUCUACGAUUGUCCAGUAGAUAAGUACGCUAAGAUUUGUUACGAAGAUGGUAUAAUGUACGUGAAUCGAGAUGAAGGUAGCCAUAAUUAAUGAAAAUUGGAGACUGCUAAAAAUCUAAUUUUUGUGUGAGUAAGAAGCUCGAUAGAACUUUUAUGUUAAAAUUGAGAGAAGAUAAAUAGAUAAAAAGCGAGUGAUAAUUAUGUUAUAUAGGGCAAGUAUAUCUCUUGUAUGUGAAUAAGUCUAUAGUGUUAUGUUCCUUUCUUUCUGUUGUAGACACUUGUAGUUGUAGACACGCGUUUUACUUUUAACUAAAGGACACAUAAUCAAACAUAUAUUCUAUCGUAAGGUUACAGAUACAUAAAACAAUCUUCCCACUGUUCCCUAUCACGCGCUCUCUCUAAUCUCACCGGUUACCAAGUGCGGCGUGUUCGCCGGUCAACCCCAUUGACCGCGCAAACGAUGAACCCGGAUGGAUCGCACGCACACAUCAGUCGAUGACCGUUACCUGUCACCGGUGAGUUACCGCUGGCAAAUCCAUCCGCUUCCUGUUAGCUCACAACAUAUACUAAAAGAGAACGCAAUAAGUAAUAAACUAUUUUAUAAAAAUAAA